ACAACUUGCUCCUAUUGCAUGUAAUAUAUAGGCAGCCAGUCCUUACACAAAUUUUUAAACAAGGCUAGCUAGUAGAUUAUGUGAGCAAAAGAUAUUGAAGCAAAAUGCAUUACCUUUCAACUUUUCCUCAAGCACUUGCAAGAAUAUGGCUAUUCUUUGUCUUACUCGUCCCUUUUGCUCUCAUUUACGGUAUCCGAGAUGAAACUAUGAAUUCAGACAACAAAGUUAUAUCCAUCGGGGUGAUCAUUGAUGGUGAUUCUCGUAUUGGGAAAGAACAAGAAGUAGCCAUGGACAUUGCAGCCCAAAGUUACAACAACACUUCAAAGAACUACAAGUUAGCUCUCUACUUCAAGAACUCCACAAAGGAUACCCUCAAGGCCAUCAAAAUUGCCGAAGAGAUGAUUAAUGUGCAAAAGGUGCAAGUGAUUAUAGGGAUGCAAACAUGGCAAGAAGCAGCUAUGGUGGCUGAAGUAGGAAGCAAAGCUCAAGUUCCAGUCAUAUCCUUUGUAGCUCCUACCAUUACCCCACCAUUGAUGGAAGCUCGGUGGCCUUUUCUGGUGAGACUAGCUAACACUGGUACAGCAUAUAUAAAAUGCAUUGCAGAAAUAGUGCAGGCUUAUAGCUGGAAGAAAGUAGUAGUAAUCUACGAAGAUAACGGGUACGGUGGAGAUUACGGGAUGCUAGCUCUGCUAGCUGAGGCACUUCAGGACGUGGACUCAAUGAUCGAGCACCGCUUAGUCCUUCCACCAAUUUCUUCUCUACAGGAUCCAGAAGAGCUAGUUAGUGAAGAGAUGCUAAAGUUAAAACAAACACAGUCUCGCGUUUUCAUAGUGCUGAAAUCAUCAUUAGAAAUGGCAAUUCAUGUGUUCAAAGAAGCUUCAAAAGUUGGACUAGUGGAUAAAGAAUCGGCUUGGAUGAUCCCGGAGAGCAUAGCUAAUUUGCUGGACUCUGUCAAUAAGUCUGCUAUAUCUUAUAUGGAAGGUGCUUUAGGAAUUAAGACCUACUACUCGGAAAGAAGCAGGGAGUAUAAAGAAUUUGAGGCUCAAUUCCGGAGAACGUUUUGGUCAAAGAAUCCAGAGGAAGAUAACCGAUACCCAGGAUUUUAUGCUCUACAAGCAUAUGAUAGCAUUAACAUUGUAACUCAAGCUUUGAACAGAAUGACCAGUAGGAAGAAUAGCAGCCCAAAGACUUUACUAAGAGAAAUACUUUCUUGCAAUUUCCUUGGUUUAAGUGGCCAUAUUCAACUUGAAUCUGGCCAACUCAUGCAGAAGAAUCUUGUCUUAAGGAUAGUAAAUGUGGCUGGGAAGAGUUACAAGGAAUUAUGCUUUUGGACUCAACAACAUGGAUUUACUACAAUCCACCAUGCAGGACAAGGUGGAAAUAAGGUUGCUGGAAAUACAAAAUGUUUCAGGGGUGUACGGUGGCCUGGGAAUUGGGCCCGUAUUCCAAAGGGCUGGAACAUGCCCACAGAAAAAAAUCCAUUGAGAAUUGCAGUCAGAAGCAGAACCUCGUUUUCCAGGUUUGUCAAGGUUGUGUAUGGCCAGAAUGGAGAGCCUGAUAAAUAUACUGGAUUCUGCAUUGAAAUUUUUGAGCAUGUACUGAACCAUUUGGGGUACGAUCUGCCAUAUAGUUAUUAUCCCAUCGAUGGAACCUAUAAUGAUUUGGUUCAGCUUGUCUAUAACAAGACUUAUGAUGCUGUUGUUGGGGACAUGACCAUAAUAGAGGAAAGGUUGCCGUAUGUGGAUUUUACAGUGCCAUAUGCAGAAUCAGGAUUGUCAAUGAUAGUUCCGAUGAAGCCUGGAGAGUCAGCAUGGAUGUUUAUGAAGCCAUUUACCUUGGAAUUAUGGCUGGUUACAGGUGCAAUCUUGAUUUACACAAUGUUAGUUGUUUGGUAUCUCGAGAGAGAACCGAACCCAGAGUUUCAGCUCAGUACAGCUCUUUGGUUUACCUUCUCCUCUUUGUUCUUCGCUCAUAGGGCAGAAAUGCACAGCAACUUAACUCGAGUUGUGAUGGUCUCAUGGCUCUUUCUUGUAUUGAUUGUCACCUCAAGCUACACAGCUAGUCUUUCUUCAAUGCUCACAGUUAAACAGUUGCGACCAAAUGUAACAGACAUUCAGUGGCUGAAGAACAACAACAAGAAAAUUGGUUGUGACGGCGACUCAUUUGUUAGGACGUUCCUAGAGAAAGUUGAAAAGUUCAAGCCAGAGAAUAUCAUAAACAUUACCGAUGAAUACAAAUAUAAUGAUGCAUUCUCUAAUAACAGCAUAGCAGCUGCUUUUCUUGAGCUCCCAUAUGAAAAAGUAUUUGUCAGUAAAUACUGCAAGAGAUACACUGGCUUCACUCCUAGAACUAGAUUUGGAGGAUUUGGAUUUAUGUUCCAGAAAGGCUCUCCCCUUGUGAAAGAUGUAUCGAAAGCUAUAUUGCAUCUCUCAGAAAAGGCAGAGUUGAAAAGAUUGGAAGAAAAGUGGUUAAUUAGCUCACAGGAUUGCUCCAACAACGUUACAUCCUCGAACGAGACGAAUAGUUUGAAUCUUGGAAGCUUAUGGGUCCUAUAUGUCAUGUCUGGUGCUACUUCUACUAUUUGUGUGCUAAUACAAACCAUCAAGUGGCUAAAAUCCAAUCAGCCACAUGAAGACUUGCCACCAGAAGAAGGUAAUGGCACGCCAAGUGAUGAAAGGGUGUGGAAAAAGGCGAUUACAUUUGCAAAGCAGAUUUAUAGCAAAAAGCACAAUAAUUCAAGCAAGGAACAAGAUGUAAUCGACUGUUCUUCGAGAUCAGGUCAUGCGAGCAUCGCUGAUACUCCUGAGCAUUCAGAGGAACUCGCUUCUAUACCAAAAGACGUACAUAUUACACCAUAUAACAUAGGAACUUUAGAACCACAUACACUUCAAAAUAAUUGUCAUAUCAGACACUGUACAAACCAACUUUAAUUAGUUACUGUGGAGAUUCAAUUGUGUAAGUAUUGAAAAAUAAUAGAUUCAUUCAUAUCAUUCAAUAAAAUUGUUCUUUCUCUUUGUUUGUA